GUCACCUGAUCAGAUAGAGCUUUUAAACCUAAAUCAUUGCAAGCCUGGUUUGAAAUGUUGUCAUUCAUCUUGGCCAAUCACAAGCAGCUCUUUAUCCUCUAUAAGAGCUCGGUGUAUCUGUGUACUCAGAAUACAGACCGCCUAACUUCAGAGAUGAAGCCACUUUAUAUCAUUGUCCUGCUUCUUUGCAAAAUUUGCAAAGUGCUUAAUGGUAUCAAAACUUCUGAUAUUAUUCAGGAGACUGGAAUCAGGACAGCUAAAGUUGGGGAGACAGUGACAUUACGCUGCUCCUGUCAACAUAAUUCUGUAAGUUACCUUUUAUGGUACCAGCAAAGCCUGGAAAGAAAACCCCAUAUUGUAUCGAAGCGGAUGAAGCACAGCACGGAAACAACAAUCUACCCAGCAUAUAAAAAAAGAUUUCAAGUUGUCGCACGGCCAGAAGAAGGAGUCAACGAUCUGAUAGUUACAGAUCUUCAGCCUUUGGACUCAGGGAUGUAUUACUGCGUGAUUUUAGCAUUCAACGCCAUUGAAUUCGGACAAGGAAUUUUCCUCCAUGUCAAGACAUCUUCGUCUAACACUCAACUGUCCAUCCAUCAACCUCCACUGAAACUUCUACAUCUUGGAGACUCAGUGAAUCUGAGUUGUAGCGUUUCUGCUGAGCGCUGUGAAGGAGAACAGAGGCUCUACUGGUUCAGACGCACUGCCUCUCAGCCUGCACUCAUGUAUCCCAGUGAAAUACGCUGUGCAGGCACUUCGAAUGGAACACUUUAUGGUAUAAAUUGCACUUCCUACCUUGAGUUAAAUAUGGCGCGGUCUUCAGACGCAGGUACCUACCACUGUACUCUGGCCUCCUGUGGGGUGGUUGUUUUUGGAGAGGGAACAAAGGUGGAGAUUGCAGUGCCUCGUCUCCUGGUGUAUUGCCUGAGUGCUGCUCUUGCACUUUUCAUCUUUGGGCUCCUCUUUCUAUCUUUCCUGAGGUCCAAAAUUAAAUCCAAGCUAUGCUCUUCCUGUAAAGGUACACACCUGAUUUGCUCUGAAGCCUCAAACACUGCUCAGGAAAAUCAGGCAGAAAGUCUCCACUAUGCUGCUCUGAAUCUAAAGAGGAGAGAUAACAGACAGCGGCAAGAGGACAUUGAGAAUGUUUGUGUGUACUCCGGAGUAAGGAGCAGAAAAUAAAAAAACACCCCGUCCAUGUAUGAC